GUUUGUGCUGGACGGGGCACGCCAGGCCAAGCUCUGCGUCAAUGGAUCCAUCUACGACGCGGUGCUGCCGGAAGCCGUCGGAAUCCGUGCCGUGGGCGGCGGGCUCCAUCUCGAGGGCGGCGAGCACCAUCCCCCGCCCGACGGCUUCGUCCCCGCGGGCCGAGGAUUCCGUGCGGCGGGCGGUGGCUUCGACCCCGCGUUCGCCGGAGGUCGCCCCGCCGGCGGCGGCCGCGGCCCAGCGCCGCCCCGUGCCGGACACCCUCUGGUGCGCAGACACACCUUCUCCGGUGGCAGCGCCGCCCCGCGCCCUCCGGAUGCCAUGGACCCGGACAGCAACAAAAGCUCCUCGGACUCGGAGCGGCCGUCGGCGGGCUCGAGGCUGCCCCCGCACGGCUGCCCGCCCCGCCAGGACCGGCGCGCCUGCCCGACCCUGCCCGGCAGGACGAACAGCAGCCGACAUCAGCAGCAGAUGAGGAACUACUCGUCGCUGCCGCCGUCGUCCACCAUGUUCGACGAUGACCCGGGCAUCAUGUCCGAGGCGGAGACGUCGUCCACGGGCUUCCGACGCGGCGCUAAGGUGCGCUCCUCUCUGCCAGUCGUCCGCACGCCCUCCAAGACCAUGGAGCGGCCGCUGGGCGUGGUGUUCCUGCAGUACGGCAGCGAGACCAAGCGGGCGCUGCUGCCGAACGAGGUGACGUCGCUUUACACGGUCAAGGCGCUGUUCGUGCGCAGCUUCCCGCGCCAGCUGAACAUGGAGUACCUGGACUCGUCGGCCUGCAAAAUCUACAUCCUCGACUCCAGUCGCGACAUGUUCUACGACAUGGAGGACUUGAGGGAUGUGAGGGACCGGUCGGUGCUCCGGAUUUUUGAGACGGGCGCCACCCACCCGCCGCCUGUGAAUGGCACCUCAUGGGAAGACAACAGCUACUUCAGCGAGCCGGAGUUCGACGGAGACUACCAAAGCCAACACGUACAUAAAGCCAAGGGCAAGAGCAGAGGGUAUGAGAUGAUGAACUCGUUUCCUCCCGGAGGCCGACCGGUGGGGACGUACCCCCCGCGAGUCGCCCCUGAGUCCGCCUCUACCAGGCCGCACCGACCGGGCGCAGGUCCGCCGCCGAAGCCGCAGCGAGCCGGCUACGCCCGCGGCACGCGCUCGCCACUGCCGACGACGAGUACGCCAGCUCGCCGGAGCGGGGCCGCGGCGCGCCGUACGCCUGCCGGGCCGGCCGCCUUCGACGACCACUACUACGGCCAGUUCCGGCCGCCGCCGCUGGCUGACGAUGAAGCCAGAAAAGCUGGAUUCUUUGACGCUCCGGCAGCCAGGAGAGUGGAGCCGGGGCUCCGAUACAACGAAAAAGUGCGGGUUGAGUCCAUGGAGCGCCAGCUGGCGAACCUGACCGGUAUGGUGCAGAAGGCCCUGAGUGCCCCGCGGGUGGCGCGCGCCGCGUCCGACCUCGACUCGGGCUACCGCAGCGACCGCGAGCUCUACCAUCGCGCCCCUAGCGACAACUUCUUAAAACCAGACCGUCCCCCAAAGUUAGGACGGGGAAAAGACAAAUCCGUUUCCUUCGAGAAGUCAGUCAGUUUCAGCGACGAUCCACACGGCCCCAACAAACAGCACUCGCCGACCCACGCCGCCGACAAAGUUCCAGUGAAGCCUGCUAUCAAAUCAUCCACGCUUCCUCGCAUGUCUUCGCAAGAGAGAGUGAAGCCGCCGCCGCCGCCCAAGCCGGUCAUACUGACCAGCAGCCAUGACGGCAGACAUAGCAUUUACCGAGACCUGCACCUCUCGCCGGAGACCUACAACCAGCUGCGGAGUCUGCAGAAGAAGGCGCGGGACCUGCGACAGGAGAUGAGGAAGCUGCGCAGGCUCUCGCAGGAGCACUCACUGGCGGUCAAGGAGAUGAUUGGCGACACCUACUCCAAAAUACGAGGACACCUGUUGUCGGGAAGCGAUCUGAAAUUGGGGGAGGCCGACUCGGAGACUCUGAAGAUCAGAACAGAGGAGGAGGCGUACCGUGAGGUCAUCCAAAACAUCGAAAAGGACUUGAGUGAGGUGGAGCACCACGUAGAGGACCUUCGGAGCAACGUCAUCAACCGACAGAGACGGGUCAACCUCAACGACGUGGAGGGGAUGGCUCUGGUCCUGAGCAAGUCCAGCAAGACGGUGUCGGACCUGCAGAAACGUUUUCCGGAGCUGGAGCGGAGCAUCCGCGGUCUGAUAGCCGUCGAGAGGGAGCGGGUGUGCCGCGAGGAAAGCUUCCUGGGGGAGGAGCCUCAACGAUUAGAAAAUGCUCUGCAGCGAAUAAAGAAGCUGUCAGGCACACUAGUCACACUGAAAAGAUUGGCCUCAGUGCAAGAGCAGCGGGUACCGGAGCCGGAGGACAGCUCCUCAGCUGUCACCAAGCCGCCCGAUGCCGGAGCUAAGCCGGCGGCCGGCGCCGCCGCCGCGGGCGACCAGCCUGCCGCCGCCACGGGAGAGGCUGCCGCCGCCUCCGCGCCCGGAAACCCGCUCGAUGCUCUUCUAAGCGAGCUGCAGACGUUCAGCCCAGAGCGUCGGCCGGCGGUGCGGCCGGCAGCGCGCGUCGUCCCGAUGCCGGGCCGCCUCUCGCCGACGCCGGAGGAGCCGGCUGGGCGGCCGGCGCCGCCGCCGCCGCCGCCGCGCACCUCCUCCAAGUCGCCGCUCAUCUCCCCCAGCUCGCCGCUGAGUCCGCACUACCCGGCAGCCGAUGAGAAUCUGCGCCGCGACACGGCCUCCUCCAACUCGAGCAGCAGCGAGAGUGUCAACUCGCAGGAGGGCCUGCGCCGCUCGGCGACGCCGGGCGAGCGGCCGGCGUCGGCAGACCGGGGCGGCGUCCUAUCGCGCUCCCGCCAGGAGGCGCUCGAGCGGCGCGAGACCGAGCUGCGUCGCAAGCAGCACGCGCUACAGCAGCAGUACGCUCGCCUGCAGGCCAUGAACACGGCGCCGCGACCGCAGGCCGACAUCAAGAAGACGGGCAGCGAUGGUGACCUGGCGGCCAAGAUGGGCGGCCUGAGCCUGGCGCCGGUCACCUCCGGGUCGGUGACCGAUGUGUCGGGCCAGGCCGGCCAGCAGGACGUCUGAAGAUGGCGCUAGUCUCUCGCUGGCCGGCUGCCGUCGGCUGCGGCAGGCAUGGACACCAGGCCGUGGCGCAUCCGGCCGAACCUGCUGGAAGCUGUGAAGCGGCGGCCAUGUUGUCGGCCUUGCUGGUGGCGGUGCUCGCUGUCACACACCACUGGCUGCUGUGGUCGGCUGGACUUGUAUUUGUGAAUACUCUUGCGGUCAGCGGGUUUGCUGGACUGAUAAUAACCACACCGGCAGUGGGUGCCGAUCGAGGCGCCGCUGCAUGCAGCUGCCGGUCGAGGGCGAUGACGGAUUCUGCGGCGUGAGGCACCGCGGGGUCCGGGCGGGUCGCGGUGUGGCGCGCGCAUGCGCACGGGGCGACCAAUGGCGUUUGAAGCAGUGGUUGGUUUUUGCACGGGCGGGUUCCGUGACCACACGCGAUUGCAGGGCACCUGCCGUGCGGUCCGUAGGCCCUUUGCUCAACGAUUGUCUGUGCCAUAUCUGAGACCGUUAUCCGCGCGGGACAUUGUGCGUUGUUAGAUACCAAUUGGAAUGAGACGAGCAUGCGGGCGGGCAGAAGCUCGACAGCGAGGAGGAGACGACCUGGAAAUUCGACAUCGAUACACUCGUGUUAACCUCGACGGGGAUCGCGGGUCCGGGGGCACGACAUAAGGACGUCACUGGGAUUGGAAGCGCACGGAAGACAGAUCAUUGGAGCGGAUCAGCGCCGAGAACCGCCGCACGCGGUCGGCUGACUUUAGUACGUAGCUCAUACAAUGAAGGCCGUGCACCCUCGCCGUUUGAUUGGUAGGAGCGGGUGACGAUCCGUUGACGUGAGACUGUCGCAGCUUUCCUAACCAGUGCCAACUCAUGCUUGUCUGCUCAGCCCCUAACCGGCACGCUCCUUAGUCUAGCCCCUACCCCAGCCCCGGCCAUUCGCCCACCUGCUCACUCGUGACCCCAUGGUGUGUGUUCGUGUGUGCGCUUGCGUGGCGUCAGGUCAAGCAUGAUGAUGACUCCGCUACCCUGUGAUGACUCCGCUCGCCGAGCCGAAGCGGCGGCCCGCGAACUGGCCGGCGGGCGCCAACGCUGUUCUCUUGGAGGAUGCCAGCCUCGCCCGGCGCGGCCUGGUGGCGUGACUGUGCGUACUGUUGUUUGUUUUGUUUACCGUGCGUCUGCGAUCUAUGUUGAGGGAGGACGUA